AUGGCUACUAAUCUACUUCCCCUAACACCCGUCAUGAUCCGAGCCGGUUCCGGUUCUGGUCUGAGCUCCGAGAAGAACCGCCGGAGAAGUUCGUCAGGUUCAACAUCAUCCAACUGGUGGGCCCCGCUUUUCGGUAUUUCGUCUGAGCCCGAUUACAUUGGCUCCGCCGAUAAUGUAUCGCUUAAGAAGGAAGCGGGAUCGGAUUCGGAUCUUGAACCGAAACCGUCGAGAUCAUCAUAUAGGUUUACACCAGGUUGUUUCACUGAAGAGAAGGCAAAACAGCUACGGUUGUUGACUACAGACACGUCAUCAUUUCACGACGUUAUGUAUCACUCUGCGAUCGCUUCUCGCCUCGCGACUGACAUUAAGCGCCGAUCAGAUGUGUAG